AUGAGUUUUCUAUCAUCAUUAAGCCAAUAUGUGGCGGGAGUGGCAGACAGUGUGGCAGGAUUGGCCCUAUCUCCGCGCCGAGUUCCGCCAUCACGACAUCGGUCAGCUGAGGAGACACAACAACAACCGCAGUCCUCAGCUGCAACCAUGAGAGGUUUUCCUCGAGUUUUACCAACGGAAGGUGCAUCAGCUCUGAACGCUCGAAGGAGGACUUUGGAUUGCCUGGCUCCAGCCUCCGCACCAAGGCGGGGUGGAUCGUUGCGCGUGCCUCGACACCAACAACCACCAGAAAAACCAUCUAUGGCUUUCUGCAAGCGUCGCCUGUCCUGGCCUGAAGUCGAUAACUCUGUUAAUUCUGGGGUUCAAGACACCGAUGGAUCAUACUUCGAAAGCUUCACGGCUCUAUCUUGGCGACAAGAAAAUCGACGGCUCGCUGCCCUGCGUUUGGCUGAAGCUAGAGCUGAACGUCCGCCGCCUGCUCCUCAUGAUCUUGGCUUACCAAGCGUCUCAGCUCAGCUGUCGCACAAAGAACACGAACAUCUUUACACUGAGGUCCUUUACUGCAUCGAGAACGCAGUAGGCGCACCAGCCCCAGGCGGUCAGUUUGCAGCAUACAAGGAAGAGGUGAUUGAGUAUGCCAGACGGGCUUUCCGCGUGUCACCAGAAGUACACGCCAGGGCACUUAGGGCUGCAGACAGUGAACGUCCACCUACCGUAGUGUUGGGCUGCGCUGUUAUAGAAGCUGAUGGGCUUGAAGCUAAAGACGCUAAUGGCUUCAGCGACCCGUAUUGCAUGCUGGGUAUCCAGCCAGCGUCGCUGCCGGCUUCUCCCCGGGCGUCGGAAGAUGAAGGUCGCAAACAUGGCUUCAGGCUGAGCUUCAAACGGCGAGACGGGCGCCAGCAACGAGACAGUCUCGGCAGAUUGCCAGCUCGAUACAUUCGCGCCACAAGUGUGCGACCUCACACUCUCUCGCCUAAGUGGAAUGAAACAUUCAAAUUUGAUAUAGAUGAUAUAUCAUCGGAUGUUCUACACCUGGAUAUCUGGGAUCAUGAUGACGAGAGCUCAGUCCUGGAUGCAGUAUCUCGGCUUAAUGAGGUGCGAGGUGUUCGUGGGCUGGGCCGUUUCUUCAAGCAGGUCUGCCAAAGCGCUAGGCAGGGAAGCCAGGAUGAUUUCCUUGGGUGUGUAAACAUUCCAUUACGAGAGAUCCCAUCUACUGGAGUGGAGGCGUGGUACAAGUUGGAUGCUAGAUCUCAACGCUCAUCUGUUCAAGGCCGUAUUCGGCUUAGACUUUGGCUGUCUGCCAGAGAGGCUGGUAGACACGAUGACGAUAACUGGCAACAGGUACGUCAACAUGAGCGCCUAUUUGGAGUUCUACUUGCCCACGAAGUUGAAACAGCGGCUAAUAUUGCAUGUGAGGGCGCUGAGAGUGACAGCCACGCGUGGGAAGGUGAUCUUUGUGGGGCAGCUCAAACAUUGUUGCAUCAGCACGCCGUACAGGGGGAUAUGAGUUCCCUGCAGGCAGCGAUUGCUCGCUUUGCAGCAGCUUGCAGACUUAACAGCGAGGCUCCUCUUGAUCCCAAGUAUAUGUUCAAACUGCUCAACGAACUGGAAAGAGCAUGGUGCGCCAGCGAGGCUUUAGUCGGAAGUGGAAGUGGUGAUGCCGGCACGUGCGCAUCUAGAGAUGAAGAGCGUUGGUUAGCUGAUUGCUUUGGCGAGUUGGUUGAACGGGCCUUACACCAGCUAAGGCUUCACCGGGAUCUAUACCCUGUGCUUCAUCACCUAAGUUUGAAUAAGUUAGAAUAUCUCCUGCGGUGUUUGAACCAGCUGUCGCAGAUGAAAGCUUUUUGGCGUUGCUGUCCAUUUAGCAAGGAAAUGAGAAGUGAAAUAGUAGGAGCUCUUCGAAAGGGAACAGCUGAAUGGUACGACGCGCUGUGUGCCCAAGAUACGGAGUCAGAACGCGGUGAAGACCUAGUCAACCUCAUCACGCUAGUCCAAAUUGACCUGCAACAGGGGCUUACGUACUAUCACCCGUUAUUUGAAACAACAAACAACGUACCCUACUUCAACGUGGUGUUCACACAAAUCGAUAAAAUGGUAUCCGAAGAUGUGAAGCAAUGCGUCGAGCACUGGAUCUCCGAAGGCUGGUGCGGCGUCGCUGAAGAGGAAGGCUAUGAUGUACACGUAUGCAACAUAGUAGCAGCAAAAACGUUGCCAUUCGAAGUACUAGCAGCAGUGAGGGAGCUGAGUGCAGCCGCUGCACCUGCGCCGCUGCCUCACCCGCACGACCCACCACCACAACUGCUUGAUGCCUACCAGUAA